AUGGCAGGUUGGAACCAUACAAGGGUGAAGGAAUUCUUCCUAAUAGGCUUAACUGAAAAUCUCAAUCUGCAUAUUCCUCUCUUUCUGCUUUUCACCCUCAUUUAUCUCAUCACACUUUUAGGUAACUGGGGGAUGAUCCUCCUGAUCUGGUUAAAUGCCCCACUGCAUAUGCCAAUGUACUUCUUCCUCAGCAACCUCUCCUUUUGUGACAUCUGCUUCUCCACUGUUUUUGCUCCUAAGAUGCUGAUCAAUUUCCUGUCCAAACGUAAGUGGAGCACAUUUUAUGGCUGUGUUUUACAAAGCUUCUUUUUUGCAGUGUAUGUAACCACGGAGGGCAUCCUACUGUCCGUGAUGGCUUAUGACCACUAUGUGGCCAUAGCAAAACCCUUGUCAUAUUCAGUCCUUAUGACGCAGAGCGUGUGUGUUCAUAUGGUUCUCGCAUCCUACCUGGGUGGGCUCAUUAACACCCUGACACACACGCUAGGUCUGCUCAAGCUGGACUUCUGCGGCCCCAAUGUCGUGAAUCAUUUCUUCUGUGACCUCCCCCCUCUCCUGAGGCUGGCAUGCUCUGACGCCCAUGUGAAUGAGCGGCUGCUUCUGGUCUUUUCUGGGGUCAUCGCUACAUUCGUUUUCAUCGUCGUCAUAGUCUCUUACAUCCGCAAAGCCUUCUCCACCUGUGCUUCACACCUGAGUGCCGUGACCUUACUCUAUGGGUCCGUGACUUUUAGUUACAUCCAGCCAAGCUCCCAGUACUCCCUGGAACAGAAGAAGGUCUCUGCUGUAUUUUAUACAUUGGUGGUCCCUAUGCUAAACCCACUGAUUUACAGCUUGAGGAAUAGUGAUGUGAAAAAUGCAGCAAUAAAAUCAAUAUGUUGA